UGGCUAUUUGUAUUCGGAUCUGAUCUAAUCACAAGCGUAUACAUGUGUUAUGCGUACUAACUUCGACCUUUUUUUUUUGGAUGCACGGGUGUACAUGUGUAUACCCAUGUCCUUUGUUGGGUACCGUCCGCCCCUGGUUGAUGUCAAAAUGCUGUAAGGAAUCCUAGAAUUAAUCAAUUUGCCACUGCUCUUGGCUGGGGCACUAAAGCCACGGGAUUCUGGCACUGUUUACGACGAUCAUUUGUUUUUUCCAUUAUAAUAUUCUUUUUUCACUAGUGAUCCGUUGUCUCCCCACUAGAGCAACCCUCAUUUCGGAAAUUAUUAUACUUGGUGACUUGAAGUAAGAUCAAUUUCUGUUCGAUCCUCAAAUCAAGAUAUGUUACUAGAAGAGUUGAUGGUAUCUAAAUCUUCAGGCAAGAUGGCAUACCAUCGUGGAUUUACAAACCAUGUUAUUCAGGUCAUGUGGCAAAACAGCCUCUACAAGUUUUACUGGUUCUACCAAACAUGAGCUGAGCUUGCAUGGGAAUGUUAAGCCGUUGCAAUUAGCAGCAAAUGGAUCCUCUCGUUUGGCUUACAGAAGCCUAGUACUUAAAAAUCAGUGGAAUCUUUCUGCUAGCUCUUCCUCUGCAAAUGCAGUUACCACCUUUGAUGAUGAUGAAGUUGUACCUUCCAGUGUUAGUGAUGAAAAAAUUGGAGUACUGUUAUUAAAUCUUGGUGGUCCAGAGACCCUCGACGAUGUUCAACCAUUUUUGUUCAACCUAUUUGCUGAUCCAGAUAUCAUUCGACUCCCUAGACUCUUCAGGUUUCUUCAAAGACCACUGGCUAAACUUAUUUCUACUUUUAGAGCUCCUAAGAGUAAAGAAGGGUAUGCUUCAAUCGGUGGUGGGUCUCCGUUAAGGAAAAUUACUGAUGAACAGGCAAAUGCUUUGAAGAUUGCUCUGGAAAAGAAAAACUUGAACGCAAAUAUAUAUGUUGGGAUGCGGUAUUGGUACCCUUUCACAGAAGAAGCCAUUGAUCAAAUUAAGAAGGAUAAGAUUACCAAGCUCGUUGUUCUUCCACUUUACCCUCAGUACUCCAUAUCAACGAGUGGGUCAAGCAUUCGUGUUCUCCAAGACAUUGUCAAGGAAGAUUCAUAUUUUUCUGGUUUGCCAAUUUCCAUUAUUGAAUCAUGGUACCAACGAGAUGGCUAUGUGAAAUCAAUGGCUGACCUAAUUGAAAAAGAACUAUCUGCCUUUUCCAAUCCUGAAGAGGUUAUGAUAUUCUUCAGUGCACAUGGUGUGCCACUUACCUAUGUUGAGGAUGCUGGAGAUCCUUACAGAGAUCAGAUGGAGGAUUGUAUUGCUUUGAUCAUGGGGGAGUUGAGAUCAAGAGGAAUCUUAAAUAGUUACACUUUGGCAUACCAGAGUCGGGUGGGGCCAGUUCAAUGGCUGAAGCCAUAUACUGAUGAAGUUUUAGUAGAACUUGGUCAAAAGGGUGUGAAGAGCCUCCUGGCUGUUCCAGUAAGCUUUGUGAGCGAGCACAUUGAGACAUUGGAAGAAAUCGACAUGGAGUACAAGGAGUUGGCUCUAGAAUCAGGCAUUAAGAACUGGGGUCGGGUUCCUGCUCUUGGAUGUACUUCAACAUUCAUCUCCGACCUUGCAGAUGCUGUAGUCGAAGCCCUGCCCUCUGCUUCAGCACUAGCAACCAGAAAGCCUGGAGACACUGAUUCCAGCAUGGACCUGAUGCAUUACCUGACCAAGAUGUUCUUUGGCUCGAUCUUGGCAUUUGUCCUGCUGUUAUCACCAAGACUAGUUUCAGCUUUCCGGAACACCAUGCUUUAGGUUGGCUAGGUAAGCAGAAAUGGUGUGACAGAUAGUUUUCCAAAGCACUAGAUUUGAGAUUGAUAAUGGAAUAACUGCAAGGAAUUUGGUGAUCGUAACUAGUGAUCGUAUAGGCCACAAGAUAGUAGCUGCAAUUUGCAGUUCGUGAUAUGGUUUAGAGGCAACAUUGAUCUGAUGAAGCUAUGAAAGCACGGAACAUUACAGCUCAAAGAUCUUUUGUGUCUUGUAUAAUUUUGUUUGGCACACCCGUAAUACGGGAGGUUGUUACAGGUAGCUGCUGUCUUCCUUAGUAAUACUGGAGGCUAUUGCUACAAUUGCUUUAUGCUUGCCAAGGUGACUGCAUUACUCCUAUGCAUAGGUGAUGUAAUACUGAUUAUUCCCUUCAUCCCUCCAUCCUAGAAGUUUUUGUGACGAUUUAAGCGAGAUGAGAAAUGAUGCAUGUUAGCAUGUACCAUUUGCUAAA